UAUCCUUAUGGUGAUUCUUUUUUUUUUGCGAACAAAGCAAGGGAAAAUAUAGGUAAACUUCAUCGAAUGUUUGUAAUUUUUCUACUAUACGGCACUGAGAAAUUGAGGUAUAUGCAUGUAUCCGGUCAAAUACCGUAGUCGUAUAAAAUUUUAUGGCGGCCAAAUGAAAAUGAUGCACAUGAUGCAUCACCGGAUUAAAACGCGAACUAGUAUAUACAGAAAUGAUGCAAGUGAUGCAUCACCGGGCUCAAGGGGUUAAGGCUACACACAGGCUUGAAAACAAGAUUUAUAUAUUAAAGAUCAAGAUAACUGGUGGUGCAGGAUUUGUAGGAUCUCACUUAGUAGAUAAACUCAUGUUGGAGGGACAUGAGGUGAUUGUAGUAGAUAAUUUUUUCACCGGAAGAAAAAGUAAUGUAGAACAUUGGAUCGGCCAUGAAAAUUUUGAGCUCAUACAUCAUGACAUUGUCAAUCCUAUAUUCAUUGAAGUUGAUGAAAUUUACCAUUUAGCAAGUCCUGCAAGUCCACCUCAUUAUAUGCAUAACCCAGUGAAAACUAUAAAGACAAAUACGCUUGGUACCAUCAAUAUCUUAGGAUUAGCAAGAAGACUGAAAGCCAAAGUAUUGAUAGCAAGCACAUCAGAAGUGUAUGGUGAUCCUGACAUCCAUCCUCAGCCUGAGACAUAUUGGGGUCACGUUAAUCCUAUAGGUCCCAGAGCUUGUUACGAUGAAGGUAAAAGGGUCUCAGAGACUCUAACCUAUGCGUAUGCUAAACAAGAAAACAUGCAUGUCAGAGUGGCAAGGAUUUUCAACACGUACGGACCCCGAAUGCAUAUGAAUGAUGGAAGAGUCGUCUCUAAUUUCAUUUUACAGGCCUUGAAAGAUGAAGUCAUUACAGUAAGAUUAUUUAAGUUCUCUCGACCACUUCACAGUGUUUUGAUAUUAUUUUUUUAUCUGAUAGAUAGUAUUGCUAUAGAACAUUUUUCAAUUGUCAUUCACAUCAUUGGAUGUAUAGAAAUUAUAUAAUGAAAGAUAUGAAAUCGCGUAUAUUUAUAUUUAAAUAUUUUUCAGGUUCUGAACAAAUAGACGAGCUAGAGAUAAAACAAAUGUAUUAUUUGAGUGUAAAUUUUUAUUAGUACAUGUUUGAGCUUAUCUCAGUGAAUACAAAUGACACCACAACUGUUUGCAUAACAAAUAAUGAGUACUUGUAUAGUAAAUUGUAUGCUUAUUUCAGCCUAGUGCCUUAAAUCAGAAAAAUUAAGGCUGAAAUUUUGUUAACAUAAACAGAACAUAACAGAAACUCAACUGUUUUCUCUUUAUAAUUAGUAAAAGCUUUCACGGAUUGUUCUCACAAAUUUUUAAAUAUACUUUUUUAUCAAUGUUAGUAUUUGGGCGAAACCUAGAAUUAGAAAUUCAAACUUAUACUGGUACAUCUGUGGGUUCAUUUGUAUGUCAGUAGCACAUAGAGAACGGGAUAAGUUUCAGAUGUUUCAUAAACGCUUUAAUAUGGUCAUUAUACAUGAAUAUCCCAUUUUUUAAAAUGAUAGAGCGUUAAUCGUUAUGCAUAAAUGUUCUACAACUUUUAUAGGUAUAUGGUACUGGCGACCAAACCAGAUCGUUCCAGUACGUCUCAGACUUAGUUGAAGGUCUGGUAGCACUAAUGAGAUCAAACUAUAGUCAACCAGUUAAUUUGGGCAACCCAGUGGAGCACACUAUCAAUGGUAAAAUUAAAUUCACAUGUCUUUUUUGAGACAAACGUGAACAUUUUUUAUAUUGAAGACAAGCGCUCAUCAUAUAUUUCUACACUAUUCAACUGUUUGGCAAUCUCAUGACUGUGACUUGAUAAAAUGUUCUGUAAAAAGUCUAGGUAUCGUAUCCCGUCCAACCGAUUCUCUACUGACCACAAUGAGUACUACGGAAGUUAUUCACCCCGUUACGCGUGAACGUGGAUUCGACUGUGACUAAUAUGCACUUCAAAAAGUCCGGAUUAUUGUCAUGUUGGUGCAACAACGUCUCACAAAACCGCACUCUUGUAGGAAAAUCCUCAGCCUGGAGGGCUUGUACACGUUGCACGUGAAACUGGUACAAUCCCUCAUCAUGCAACGUUUGCCACACUUUAGUCUUCGACACAUUGCACUUCUCGAGCCACGUCCCUAGUGCUUGUUGAAGGAUUCUCGUCUACGAGAUUCGGUACUUCUUCCUCAGUUUGCACCAUUCGGAGUUGUCUAGUGCCCACCUCGACAUUCCUGCAGACGACCAGUAUCCCUGUGUAUCACACACAAGGUACGAGGCCUUGGAUGAUGGCGUCGGGGAAAACGAUCUGCAUUCACUCGCGAAGCCUCGAACGCAUUUUGAAGACACUCACCGUAAAUUAACAGCAUGCCGACUAGCUCGCUAUUGGUGUGUUCCAUUUUUAUUUUUUGACCAGUGUAAUGGUUUGUUGACCUACACUGCCGGCGUCUAGGUUAGGUUGCAUACUAAAGUAUUUACAUCGUAGUCGUGAGGACGUGAUCGAGGGAUAGGAUCGGCUUCGGUUUGGUUCAGGUUUGAUUGAGUUUCCGGACCCCAAUAUCUCGGUUCUCGUAAGACAUUGGCGUAUAUGCUACUAAGGAAAUGCGCUUAUUUCCUCAAGAUCUACACGUCGUGUAAAGGAGAGCCCCAACUUUGCGACCACCCUAAACGAUCCGAGCAAGCCCCCAUUUUGUGCUAUUCAUCCUAAACCUUAGAUGGCAUUUUUCAUUCAAUAUAUAACUUAAUCGCUUUAAAGGUGCACACCCACUGAAGAGUAGCGGCGCAAAGUUAACCGCGGCUGCAUCUCUCAUAUGCACAGGUCACGUCGUUUCCCUUCGCAUCGCUAAAGUGCGCGAGCUUUCAUUGGAUUAGGUGUAAAAGAUCCCAGCGGAAGAGCUCCGCUUCUCUUCCCCAAAGAGUAGGCGUGCCCCUUUAUGUUCCUCAAAUUCGUCACAUUUAAUGGAUGUUUUGUAUAAAUAGAAAAUGUGAUUUUCAGAAUUCGCAACAAUAAUAAAAAAUCUAGUCGGUGGAAACAAUAAGAUAAUUCACGUUAACGGAGUGGAAGACGAU